CACAACAUGGCACCUGCUGGCCGGGGUGUUGUUGUGGUAGUCCUCUCAUUUCUGUACUUAUCCCGUGCUAUAUUUUCCACUGAAUACUUCUCUACACUUACUUUCUUUAAUAGCGAACUGCAUAAACAUGGUUGCAGCUCUCCGUCAGAGUGGGAGGAAUACGCAAGUGAUUGCGGUAAGUUUUGCCACGUCCUUGUAACUCGCUGUGUAAAUGUGGCUAGCUAACAAAACCUAUAUUUUUCCGCACCCGUUGACAGGAGGUUAGCUACUGUACUAGCUAGCAAGCGUGGGAUAUUACCCGCUCUCUCGUAGAGGUUAGGAUUUGAUGGUAAAGGUCAGGGUAGAAUCAGAGGCUCCUCAACUGAUAUUUCAAGAUUAAUAGUACUAAUAAGACUUCGACAAGGUCCCCAGUGCUAUGAUGUCCUCACCUAGAUACGUUUUUACACACAAUGUCAGUUAGUACAUUCUGCGUGUCUUUCCUGCGCGUGAACGUAACCCAGAGCGCACCUCAAAGCUCGCGAUGGUCUUGCUUGCACAGGUUUUGUAUUGGAAUGUGCAAUCAAUGUAUUAAAAUAAAAUUGCAUUGCAAACUGUGACUGAAUCAAAAUAUCCAGGAUAAUGAAUGAAAUAUGAAUGAGAUCAUCCUAUGACUUUCCCACUGAAAGAUCACAAAGCAAGGCUUUUAUGAAUCAAUCAAUAAUAAAAGAUUAGUAUUUGAUGUGACCAGUCCCUUCAUUGCAGAUCAGGUAAGAAGCCUGCCAAUGUUUUUGAUCCUUAUCUCUCCCCAUAAUGACCAAGUUGGCAGCAGUCUGGCUGCUGUGUUGUGUCUGAUGCUGUAUAUUUCCCUACAGAGUCCUCCGUUCUACAGUUGGACAACCCAGACUGUGAGGAAGGAAGCAACCUGCCAUGCGAGUCUGUCUUCUCUCUCAACGCAGAGAAAAUUCUGGUGAGAUGCACAGACUUCAUUAAGAUCUCAAUGCUUUUGCCUUGGCAUUUUUGUUUGACUGAACCUUUUAUUUUCACAGAGGAAACUGAACGUGUAGCUAACUACACAAUGAUCUCAUCUUCUUUCAAUCAGAGCCAAGCCAAGUUGUUCAUAGAGCAGAAACGAUUCCCGUUUGCAGUGGACAACCACAACACAAAUGAGGAGCUUGGUAAGUUAAUCUAGUAAGAGUUUGGUAUGUGGAGUGUAUGCUAUACAGUGAGGGAAAAAAAGUAUUUAAUCCCCUGCAGAUUUUGUACGUUUGCCCACUGACAAAGAACUGAUCAGUCUAAUUUUAAUGGUAGGUUUAUUUGAACAGUGAGAGACAGAAUAACAACAACAAAAUCAAGAAAAACGCAUGUCAAAAAUGUUAUAAAUUGAUUUGCAUUUUAAUGGGGGAAAUAAGUAUUUGACCCCUCUGCAAAACAUUACUUAGUACUUGGUGGCAAAACCCUUGUUGGCAAUCACAGAGGUCAGACGUUUCUUGUAUUGGCCACCAGGUUUGCACACAUCUCAGGAGGGAUUUUGUCCCACUCCUCUUUGCAGAUCUUCUCCAAGUCAUUAAGGUUUCGAGGCUGACGUUUGGCAACUCGAACCUUCAGCUCCCUCCACAGAUUUUCUAUGGGAUUAAGGUCUGGAGACUGGCUAGGCCACUCCAGGACCUUAAUGUGCUUCUUCUUGAGCCACUCCUUUGUUGCCUUGGCUGUGUGUUUUGGGUCAUUGUCAUGCUGGAAUACCCAUCCACGACCCAUUUUCAAUGCCCUGGCUGAGGGAAGGAGUUUCUCACCCAAGAUUUGACGGUACAUGGCCCCGUCCAUCGUCCCUUUGAUGCGGUGAAGUUGUCCUGUCCCCUUAGCAGAAAAACACCCCCAAAGCAUAAUGUUUCCAACUCCAUGUUUGACGGUGGGGAUGGUGUUCCUGGGGUCAUAGGCAGCAUUCCUCCUCCUCCAAACACGGCGAGUUGAGUUGAUGCCAAAGAGCUCCAUUUUGGUCUCAUCUGACCACAACACUUUCACCCAGUUCUCCUCUGAAUCAUUCAGAUGUUCAUUGGCAAACUUCAGACGGGCAUGUAUAUGUGCUUUCUUGAGCAGGGGGACCUUGCGGGCGCUGCAGGAUUUCAGUCCAUCCCGGCAUAGUGUGUUACCAAUUGUUUUCUUGGUGACUAUGGUCCCAGCUGCCUUGAGAUCAUUGACAAGAUCCUCCCGUGUAGUUCUGGGCUGAUUCCUCACCGUUCUCAUGAUCAUUGCAACUGAUCUUGCAUGGAGCCCCAGGCCGAGGGAGAUUGACAGUUAUUUUGUGUUUCUUCCAUUUGCGAAUAAUCGCACCAACUGUUGUCACCUUCUCACCAAGCUGCUUGGCGAUGGUCUUGUAGCCCAUUCCAGCCUUGUGUAGGUUUACAAUCUUGUCCCUGACAUCCUUGGAGAGCUCUUUGGUCUUGGCCAUGGUGGAGAGUUUGGAAUCUGAUUGAUUGAUUGCUUAUGUGGACAGGUGUCUUUUAUACAGGUAACAAGCUGCGAUUAGGAGCACUCCCUUUAAGAGUGUGCUCCUAAUCUCAGCUCGAUACCUGUAUAAAAGACACCUGGGAGCCAGAAAUCUUUCUGAUUGAGAGGGGGUCAAAUACUUAUUUCCCUCAUUAAAAUGCAAAUCAAUUUAUAACAUUUUUGACAUGCGUUUUUCUGGAUUUUGUUGUUGUUAUUCUGUCUCUCACUGUUUAAAUAAACCUACCAUUAAAAUUAUAGACUGAUCAUGUCUUUGUCAGUGGGCAAACAUACAAAAUCAGCAGGGGAUCAAAUACUUUUUUCCCUCACUGUACAUUUCUGCUAUCGAAGCCCUUUUGCUUUACUCUCAUUUUCUUUUCAUUGCAGCUAUAGGAUAUGUUCUUAUUGGAAAUGGCCUGUACGAUGAAGCCAUCAAACACUUCUCCUUGUUAUUACAGGUUGGUUAACAUUCAUAGAUGCAUGAAUUACAACACACAUCUGUAUAUAUGUCUUGGUCUGGCCUACUUGACAGUUUGAAUAAUGCAUAUUUUUUGUUUAGUCAAAUAUAUGAAUAGUAGAGAGACAGACAUAGACAUUUACAUUACAUUUUCUCUUUCUCCUUGCUUUGAAUAUGUUGUGUGGUUUGCAUUUGCAAUAAAGGACAUAUUUCUUAUCAGUGUGUGUUGUGCUCUGGUGUAGGGGGAUCCAGAGGUGGUCAGUGCCAUCUACGGGAGAGGGAUAGCAUACGGAAAAAAGAGUCUGCAGGUAAGUGAUCACAUUAGCAUGAUACUGGAGUUCACAGAAUGUUGACACCAGCAGUUCUAUUCAGUCAGCCAAUGUUUGCACUGUGACACAUCAUAAAUAAAAAUCUAAUCUGUGCUAACUUUUGAUUAUGAGAGUGCCCCCACCGGGGACCCUGCUCAGCAGUUAGCAUGUGUGCGUGUCAGUGGAUGUGAUUGAUAAAGGCUGAGAGUGGUGAUUUUUUUACAUUUAUAUUUAAGUCAUUUAGCAGACGCUCUUAUCCAGAGCGACUUACAAAUUGGUGCAUUCAACUUAGGAUAGCCAGUGGGACAACCACCCUUUUUUUUUAUGGGGGGGUGGGGGAGGUGUGUCCAAUGGAGGUGAGACUGUCUCUUUUCUUCUAUGGAAGGACAUCAAGAAUGCAGACUUGGCGCUGUUCGAGUUAAGCCGAGUCAUCACUCUUGAGCCCAACCGUCCUGAGGUGUACGAACAGCGGGCAGAGGUGAGGAUAAUGCUAGGCCUGUUUUGGCGUCAUGGGUUAACUGUCUGUUCGUGUUAGACCUUGUGUUAGGGUAUUGGUUUUCAUUGGGGUUUACUAUCAUGCUUGAAUUGUAUGUCUCUUUGAAUGGAGCAGGUUUCUAUGUAGCCACAUGCAAAAUGGUUACAAAUGAGUGAGGGUGGUGGUAUUCUCUCAAGCAGGCUUUUAAAAAAUUGUGCACAGGAGGCAACCACUGUUGUAUUAACAAUAUGCCUAGAAGUAGCCUAGUUAAUAGACCAUUGGACUGCCCCACAAGUAAAAUGAAGGGAAAGUACAGUGCAUUCGGAAAGUAUUCAGACCCCUUGACUUUUUCCACAUUUUGUUACUUUACAGCCUUAUUCUAAAACUGAUUAAAUUAUUUUUUUCCCUCAUCAAUCUACACACAUUACCCCAUAAUGACAAAGAAAAAUCUGUUUUAUUUAUUUUUUGUGCAAAUGUAUUAACAUUUUUUAAACUGAAAUAUCACAUUUACAUAAGUAUUCAGACCCUUUGCUAUGAGACUCGAAAUUGAGCUCAGGUGCAUCCUGUUUCCAUUGAUCAUCCUUGAGAUUUUUCUACAACUUGAUUGGAGUCCACCUGUGGUAAAUUGAAUUGAUUGGACAUGAUUUGGAAAGUCACACACCUGUCUAUAUAAGGUCCCACAGUUGACAGUGCAUGUCAGAGCUAAAACCAAGCCAUGAGGUCGAAGGAAUUGUCCGUAGAGCUCAGAGACAGGAUUGUGUUGAGGCACAGAUCUGGGGAAGGGUACCAAAAAAUGUCUGCAGCAUUGAAGAUCCCCAAGAACACAGUGGCCUCCAUCAUUCUUAAAUGGAAGAAGUUUGGAACCACCAAGACUCUUCCUAGAGCUGGCCGCCCGGCCAAACUGAGCAAUCGGGGGAGAAGGACCUUGGUCAGGGAGGUGACCAAGAACCUGAUUGUCACUCUGACAGAGCUCCAGAGUUCCUCUGUCGAGAUGGGAGAACCUUCCAGAAGGAUAACCAUCUCUGCAGCACUCCACUUCUCAGUAAAAGGCACAUGACAGCCCGCAUGGAGUUUGCCAUAAGGCAUCUAAAGGACUCUCAGACCAUGAGAAGCAAGAUUCUCUGGUCUGAUGAAACCAAGAUUGGCCUGAAUGCCAAGCGUCACGUCUGGAGGAAACCUGGCACCAUCCCUACGGUCAAGCAUGGUGGUGGCAGCAUCAUACUGUGGGGAUGUUUUUCAGCGCCAGGGACUGGGAGACUAGUCAGGAUCAAGGGAAAGAUGAACGGAGCAAAGUACAGAGAGAUCCUUGAUAAAAAUCUGCUCCAGAGCGCUCAGGACCUCCGACUGGGGCAAAGGUUCACCUUCCAACAAGACAACGACCCCAAGUACACAGCCAAGACAAUGCAGGAGUGGCUUCGGGACAAGUCUCUGAAUGUCCUUGAGUGGCACAGCCAGAGCCCAGACUUGAACCCGAUCGAACAUCUCUGGAGAGACCUGAAAAUAGCUGUGCAGCGACGCUCCCCAUCCAACCUGACAGAACUUGAGAGAAUCUGCAGAGAAGAAUAGGAGAAACUUCCCAAAUACAGGUGUGCCAAGCUUGUAGUGUCAUACCCAAGAAGACUUGAGGCUGUAAUCCCUGCCAAAGGUGCUUCAACAAAGUACUGAGUAAAGGGUCUGAAUAUUUAUGUAAAUGUAAUAUUUAAGUUUUUUAAAAUUUGAAUACAUUUGCUGAAAUUUCUAAAAACCUGUUUUUGCUUUGUAUGGGGUAUUGUGUGUAGAUUGAUGAGGGGAAAUAAACAUUUAAUCCAUUUUAGAAUAAGGCUGUAACGUAACAAAAUGUGGAAAAAGUAAAGGGGUCUGAAUACUUUCCGAAUGCACUCUGACUUGCAAGUUUUACUUGAAUAAUGUGCUUGCAGAUUCUUUCUCCACUUGGAAGAAUCAGUGAGGCUCUGAGUGAUCUCUCCAAAGCCAUCCAGCUCCAGCCCUCUGCCCGCCUCUACAGACACAGAGGAACUCUGCUCUUCAUUGCCGAGGUCAGACUGACAAUGUAUUCAAGUUUCUGAUGAGUGUUGAAAUAGAGUUCAGUUCACAUAGUGGGUUUUAUAUGCUUUUGUUUUCUCUAAAUAGGAUUAUGUGGCAGCUAUGGAGGAUUUUCAACAGUCUUUGGAUCUGAAGAAAAACCAGCCCAUUGCCAUGCUAUACAGAGGUCUAACAUUCUUCCACAGAGGAAUGCUCAAGGUAGUCCCGUGUAGCUCAGUUGGUAGAGCAUGGCGCUUGCAACGCCAGGGUUGUGGGUUUGAUUCCCACGGGGGACCAGUAUGAAAAUGUAUGCACUCACUAACUGUAAGUCGCUCUGGAUAAGAGCGUAUGCUAAAUGACUCAAAUGUAAAUGUAAAAAUGUAUAGACAUUUUUGUAGAAAACCAGAGUUGCUCAACUUUGAGUACUGCCAGUAUAACCAGUUAUAUCCCUGCACGUUUACGAUACAAUCUUGUCUUCGAUCCAGGAAGCCAUUGAAACAUUCAAGGAGGCCCUGAAAUUAAAAUAUGACUUCAUAGAUGCAUACAAAAGUCUCGGACAGGCCUACAGGUACAGUAGGGAUGCUCUAUGACAUGCUUUGGUUUCAACCAAUGUGCCUCAAAGUUAGGACCCAGAAUUCUUCCUGGUCAGGUCACAUGGUCAGGAAGAACUCAGGGCCUUAGUACUCAUGGGCCAGUGCAGUAAAUGAUCCCUGUUGUGUGUGUGUAGAGAGUUGGGGGACUUUGAGGCAGCCAUGGAGAGCUUCCAGAAAGCCCUGAUGCUCAACCAGAACCACAUCCAGUCUCUGCAGCUGAGAGGCAUGAUGCUCUACCACCACGGCAGCCUCCAGGAAGCCAUCGGCAACUUCAAGGUAUUGGCCGUGUAACACACAGCUUCUUUCUCCUGACACAAUAUCAGUCUACCACCCAUUACAAGUGGUAACUACUUUUUUUAAAUGUAGUUUAGUCUAGUAAUUUUGACAAAUAUCAUGAAGUAUUAGUCACAUUUUUGUCAUUUGAAUAAUGAUUUAGUCUAGUUAUUGUCAAAAUGACGAAAACAGUGGGCCAUUUUAGUCAACUAAAUGCCCUUUCAUUUUAGUCACAUCACAUUUGUAUUGCCUCAUUAACCUAUAGUAAACAUAAAUCACUGACUUCCAUGUGCACAAACAUAGCCUUGUCCUACCAACAUAUUUUUCUGUAUAACAUCCUAUCGCAUGAUUCUCUUCCCAACAGCCAAAUUGGCAGCAGAACACAUUACUCGGCAGCAGAUUAAAAAUCACAUCUCUUGACAGGGCUCCAGACUAACUUUUUCAGUUGGUGGCACCAGCCAUGAUUUGGUCGCACCAAUUUUGUUCCGUGGCAUCACACAAUGGAACAAAUUAGUAAUCACCUUUAUAAAGUCAUUCACAGUGCUUUAGACUGUGUAAUAGACUGCUGAGAUGGUAGGCUAUUCAAUAAAUACGUUGUUUCAUCUAACAUGUCCAAGCAGGAAUACAUGAUUCAAGGUAUUUUGAUGUGCAACCUAAUCCAGUGAUUGUCAUGAAUUGUGGGUUGACAAUAGGGUAUUGUUGUUAUAUUUUACUGUUGAAAUACGGCUCCAGAAUAUUCUGAAUUUUGUGGUUCAAUAGAGAUGAAUUUGCCUACAUCUUUAUGUAUACUAAUAUCAUAGGCUAAUUUAUUUUGGGGCUAAUUCACCACAUGAGGAAGUGAAAACUCAAAACACAUUAGCUAGAUUUCUAACACUAAAUAUAAUACCCACCCUACUGUAGCUAUAGUAUCAAAGUUCUGUCAUAAGUAGUGGUCUGAUAGGUUGCAGCAAACUAAAAAGCUAGCAUUAUCAAUCUGUUAUUACCUGAGCGUAUAUAUUGAGAUGAUGCUCUUUCAGAUUGUCUCUUGAGGUUGGUAGUAUUCGACUUGGUUGGUAGUAUUCCCCUUCGACUUGUGGGUGUAAACGCUGUCUUCUCCUGUGGAAACGUUGCAUUCGGUUUGAAUCAACACGAUAAGCAAAGUGGCUCCAAACGUUGCCCCUUUUUCUACCGGGAGCUUGUACUAUACACAGGAAGAGUCGCCAUGUCAUGUGCGUUAUUUGCAUCAAUGAUGUGUUGCAGCCAGAUUGGAGAAUCUCUCCAAAAACUCUUGUCCAGUCCAUUUACCAGUCAGGUUUUAGUCACAGAGUGUUCAUCAACUGAAAUGAAAAAUCAUUUUCGUUUAGUUAUAGUUUUCUGGGUCUAUUCUAGUCAGUUAUCAUCUCGUCAAUUGCCACUGAAAAAUGGGUGUUUGACAAAUAUUUUCGUCAUUAUUGUUGUUGACAAAAUUAACACUGCAAGGGAUUCUCCUGAUGGUUUGUUUUCACUGUGGCUUCAGGCGGUUGAUGGCAACGCAGGCUAACGAGCAGCAGUGCCGUGCCCCUGAUCACAGACGUGUGUCAUGUAGGCCAUACUGACUAUCGUCAUUUUCCAUAUCCCCUAUCUGUCCCCAUGAUGGCAUUUGCCUUACUGUCCCAUCGGCAGCCCCGCUGUGGUGACUCAGUAGGCCUCAUGCAUUGAUGUGUAGUAGAUGUGGCAAUACUAUGACGGUUACUACCGGGGUGGUGGGUAGCCUAACGGAUAAGAGUGUUGGGUCAGUAACCGAAUGGUCGCUGGUUCGAAUCCCGAGCCGACUAGGUAAAAAAUAUGACGAUAUUCCCUUGAGCAAGGUACUUAACCCUAAUUGCUCCAGGGUCGCCCUUGAUAAUGGCUGACCUUGGCCGUGACCCCACUCUCCAAGGGUGUCUUGGGGAGUUGGGAUAUGCAUGUCACACGUGUAUAAUACACACUUGUGAAACAGGACAAAUCUAAGCACCCACCAAAUUAAAAUUAUUAUUAACUCUAAUUGCUCCUUUAAGUCGCUCUGGAUAAGAGUGUCUGCUAAAUGACAAAUGUAUAUAUAAAUAUAUAUAUAUAUUACCUCCCCCACACAGCAGCUUACAUGACCGUGUCACGUGCUUCCCACACUCCCUGUGGAGAAUGUGGUUUGGUGGGGUCAUGAGUCAGUCUAGAGCCGUCAUCCUCAGGCCGUUCACGCAGUCAGCAGCGAACUGUAGUGAUAUCCACUUUGAGUCUGAAUUAUGUAUGUCUGAAUUUGAGGUUCCCUCCCUCCCUUUUUAAUUAUUACACCUAUGUGCGUCAUUGGACUUGAUGUGUAACACCUCCAUGUUGUAUUGUGUUUUGCAGAGAUGUCUACAGUUGGAGCCCUACAAUGAGGUGUGUCAGUACAUGAAGGGUCUGAGCCACGUGGCUAUGGGACAGUUCUAUGAAGGCAUCAAGGCUCAGACUAAAGUCAUGUUGAAUGACCCUUUGCUGGGCCAGAAGGCAAGCUCGGAAUAUCUCAAAGUGAAAUACCUCAGAGGUGAGCGCAGCAUUAGUGACCUCUCAACUAACAUUUCAACCUGAAGCUGAAUGUUUUAUCUUUGAUAAUUUCUUGUCUCUGGAGAUCGAUGGUUUGAAUCUCUCAUGUCAUUUCCCCCCCACAGAAUACUCUCGCUACUUGCACUCACAUCUCGACAUACCUGUGGCAGAAUACAAUGUUGAUCAGGAUCUUCCAGGAAACUUCAAAAACCACUGGGCAAAAAACCUCCCUUUUCUUAUAGAAGACUAUGAGGAGCAGCCAGGACUGCAGCCUCAUAUUAAGUGAGUUCAAAGGGAUAGAACCUGCUACUGACUGAACACAGUUCAAUAUCUUCUGCCAGCAUUGUAUGAAACAUGUAUGCACUCACUAACUGUAAGUCGCUCUGGAUAAGAGCGUCUGCUAAAUGAAAGAAAAAAAUAUAUAUAUGUAAAAUUGAAGUAUAGGCUAACUGAUAGGUAAUGGAGUAGGCUAAUUUAGUUGACUUUGACCUACUCAGUGUUUGUGCUAUUCAACCCAUUUGUAACCUGCCCAACUGAUCUUGUUUCAUGCCUUGUCAUUGUAGGGAUGUUCUACUUCAGAACUUUGAAAGCUACAACACUGAAGUUCAGAAGCUCAUUUGCACAGCUGAUCACCUUGGUGCCCUUAUGCAAUACAAUACACCAGGAUUUCUUCCCAAUCGCAGAAUACACAGAGGUGGGUGAGUCACUGAGACACAUUAGAGUUGUAGUCCUCUUGUGUACAUUCUUGGCUGAAAUCAGAUUAAGUGACUCUAUCAGUUUAAUCUACUAGUAUCAGCCCUGAACUUGUUAAAAAACCCUAUGCAUGCUGGUAAGAAACUAUUGUAGAAGUCGUUUUUUCUGGAAUACAUAUUCUCUGAUCCGAUCUUAUGUCUUACAGUGCCUUGCAAAAGUAUUCAUCCCCCUUGGUGUUUUUCCUAUUUUGUUGCAUUACAACCUGUAAUUUAAAUGGAUUUUUAUUUGGAUUUCAUGUAAUGGACAUACACAAAAUAGUCCAAAUUGGGGAAGUGAAAUGAAAAAAAUAAUAAAAAAUAAAUAACAGAAAAGUGGUGCGUGCAUAUGUAUUCACCCCCUUUGCUAUGAAGCCCCUAAAUAAGGCCUGGUGCAAACAGUUACCUUCAGAAGUCACAUAAUUAGUUAAAUAAAGUCCACUUGUGUGCAAUCUGUGUCACAUGAUCUGUCAAAUGAUCUCAGUAUAUAUACACCUGUUCUGAAAGGCCCCAGAGUCUGCAACACCACUAAGCAAGGGGCACCACCAAGCAAGCGGCACCAUGAAGACCAAGGAGCUCUCCAAACAGGUCAGGGACAAAGUUGUGGAGAAGUACAGAUCAGGGUUGGGUUAUAAAAAAAAAAAUCAGAAACUUUGAACAUCCCACGAAGCACCAUUAAAUCCAUUAUAAAAAAAUUGAAAGAAUAUGGCACCACAACAAACCUGCCAAGAGAGGACCGCCCACCAAAACUCACGGACCAGGCAAGGAGGGCAUUAAUCAGAGAGGCAACAAAGAGACCAAAGAUAACCCUGAAGGAGCUGCAAUGCUCCACAGCGGAGAUUGGAGUAUCUGUCCAUAGGACCACUUUAAGCCGUACACUCCACAGAGCUGGGCUUUACGGAUUAGUGUCCAGAAAAAAGCCAUUGCUUAAAGAAAAAAACAAGCAAACACGUUUGGUGUCCGCCAAAAGGCAUGUGGGAGACUCCCUAAACAUAUGGAAGAAGGUACUCUGGUCAGAUGAGACUAAAAUUGAGCUUUUUGGCCAUCAAGGAAAACGCUAUGUCUGGCGCAAACCCAACACCUCUCAUCACCCCGUGAACACCAUCCCCACAGUGAAGCAUGGUGGUGGCAGCAUCAUGCUGUGGGGAUGUUUUUCAUUGGCAGGGACUGGGAAACUGGUCAGAAUUGAAGGACUGAUUGAAUGGUGCAUAAUUCUUGAGGGAAACCUGGUUGUCUUCCAGAGAUUUGAGACUGGACGGAGGUUCACCUUCCAGCAGGACAAUGACCCUAAGCGUACUGCUAAAGCAACACUCGAGUGGUUUAAGGGGAAACAUUUAAAUGUCUUGGAAUGGCCUAGUCAAAGCCCAGACCUCAAUCCAAUUGAGAAUCUGUGGUAUGACUUAAUGAUUGCUGUACACCAGCAGAACCCAUCCAACUUGAAGGAGCUGGAGCAGUUUUGCCUUGAAGAAUGGGAAAAAUUCCCAGUGGCUAGAUGUGCCAAGCUUAUAGAGACAUACCCCAAGAGACUUGCAGCUGUAAAUGCUGCAAAAGGUGGCUCUACAAAGUAUUGACUUUGGGGGGGAUGAAAUAGUUAUGCACGCUCAAGUUUUUUUGUCUUAUUUCUUGUUUGUUUCACCCCCAAAAAUAUUUUGUGGUAGGCAUGUUGUGUAAAUCAAAUGAUACAAACCCCCAAAAAAAUCUAUUUUAAUUCCAGGUUGUAAGGCAACAAAAUAGGAAAAAUGCCAAGGGGGGUGAAUACUUUCGCAAGCCACUGUAAAUCCAGUAGCUCUAUAACAGUAUAUUUCAAAGUUCUGAAAUUGAACGUGUUCUGUGUUUCACUUCAAAAGCCAUGGGUCUAGCAACCCUAGAGGUCAUGCAGGCUAUGCAGCGCACCUGGAGCAACUCAAAGGUGCGAGUCAAUGGCAAAACCAGGCAGAUGCAGUGGAGAGACAUGUUCGAUAUAGCUGUCAAAUGGAGGAGGUGAGGUUUGGGUGUGAGACUUGUUUGAGAAAGUUACUAUAUAACAAUGUUAUUACAACAAUGCACAUCUGCAGUAUCGAUCAACACCCUGUCUGCAGUUUCUUUAUUGUCAGUCUGUGAGGUUUGGUACAUGUUUCAUGUCAUACAUCAUUGUGUUGUUCUGUCCCUUUGAAGGAUUGCUGAUCCAGACCAGCCUGUUCUGUGGCUGGACCAGAUGCCUGCCAGAAGUCUCAGCCGAGGGUUCAAUAACCAUAUCAACCUCAUCAGGUAACCUUAAGGAAAAUGACAUGAAAUCAUCUCAAAGAUAGUCCCUGUGUGAAUUUAACACAUAACAAACUGUAGAGUCAAGUUGUAAUUUUAGAUAUCCUUUUUGAUAAUGUGGUUUUCCUGUUUUUUUGCAUCACAGAGGACAGAUCAUCAACAUAAGAUACUUGGCCUAUUUUGACAAAAUACUCAACUUCAUCAAAGACCGAAUAUUGGUUUACCACGGGUGGGUAUUUUUUAAAGAAAAUACAGAUAGCUUUUUAUUGGAGAAAUCUGUUGGCUUACUUAUUUAUGCAUUGUCCUCAGGGCAUACAACCCAAAAGGCCUACUGGAAGUCAGACAAGCACUGGAAAAUGUGGACAAGGUGGAAGACCUUCUCCCCAUAAUGAAGGUAAUAAGGAACAACACCCAGAAAAGAAAAUAUUGACUCAUCAAAAUAGUAUGAUAUAGUGUUUUCAGACUCUGGACCCAGGGGGCAAAGCUUUGAGGCCUGAUAUAUUCAUGGAAAUAGCAUCUAGGUCCUAGGAACUACUAAGUGGUGUGUACGAUACGAUAUCAUGUACUAAAACAUCUAUUGCAAAAACAUCCAAAUUGACAUAUCAACUUGGCAUGAGUUUCACAACUGAUAGAAUGUAGAUGUCUGAUUUGCUGCUGUUUUUUCAUUUUUAUCCUGAAGCAGUUUAACAGUAAAACAAGGGAUGGCUUCACAGUGAACUCCAAGGUGCCCAGUCUAAAAGACCCUGGGAAAGAAUAUGAUGGUUUCACUAUCACCAUAACAGGAGACAGGUCAGUUUAUUUGGUUCUAAUAAAUUAAUAACAAACUAAUCUCUUGACUUUAUAGUCUCCAUCAGUGGUUUGCCUAAGCUUUUCCAAUCAUACAGAAAUUCGAGACACAUUUCCUCAUCACUGAACAUCAUUUCAUGUGGAAAAACAUCAGGGUUUAUUAUGUCAACUCAGCUCAGUUGAAAGCAGUUAAGUAAUUCAACACAUUGUAUAUUUUUGUUCAUUCUAAUUCAGUGCUCAGGGUUUUCUGUUAGGGAACUUCUAGCAAAGGUUCUAGAUCUGUUUGUUGACAUUGCAUUAAAUGUACAGUACCAGUCAAAUGUUUGGACACACCUACUCAUUCAAGGGUUUUUCUUUAUUUUUACUAUUUUUUACAUUGUAGAAUGAUAGUGAAGACAUCAAAACUAUGAAAUAACACAUAUGGAAUCAUAUAGUAACCAAAAAUGUGUUAAACAAAUCAAAAUAUGUUUUAUAUUUGAGAUUCUUCAAAUAGUCACCCUUUGCCUUAAUGACAGCUUUGCACACUCUUGGCAUUCUCUCAACCAGCUUCAUGAGGUAGUCACCUGGAAUGCAUUUCAAUUAACAGGUGUGCCUUCUUAAAAGUUAAUUUGUGGAAUUUCUUUCCUUCUUAAUGCGUUUGAGCCAUUCAGUUUUGUUGUGACAAGGUAGGGGGGGUAUACAGAAGAUAGCCCUAUUUGGUAAAAGACCAAGUCCAUAUUAUGGCAAGAACAGCUCAAAAAAGCAAAGAGAAACAACAGUCCAUCAUUACUUUAAGACAUGAAGGUCAGUCAAUACGGAAAAUUUCAAGAACUUUGAAAGUUUCUUCAAGUGCAGUCGCAAAAACCAUAAAGCAUUAUGAUGAAACUGGCUCUCAUGAGGACUGCCACAGGAAUGGAAGACCCAGAGUUACCUCUGCUGCAGAGGAUAAGUUCAUUAGAGUUACCAGCCUCAGAAAUUGCAGCCCAAACAUCAACUGUUCAGAGGAGACUGUGUGAAUCAGGCCUUCAUUGUUGAAUUGCUGAAAAGAAACCAGUACUAAAGGACACCAAUAAGAAGAGACCUGCUUGGGCCAAGAAACACGAGCAAUUAGCAAUAGACUGGUGGAAAUUUGUCCAAAUUGGAGAUUGUUGGUUCCAUCCGCCGUGUCUUUGUGAGACGCAGUGUGGGUGAAUGGAUGAUCUCUGCAUGUGUCGUUCCCACCGUAAAGCAUGGAGGAGGAGGUGUUAUGGUGUGGGGGUGCUUUGCUGGUAACACUGUCUGUGAUUUAUUUGGAAUUCAAGGCACACUUCACCAGAAUGGCUACCACAGCAUUCUGCAGUGAUACGCCAUCCCAUCUGGUUUGGGCUUAGUGGGACUAUCAUUUGUUUUUCAACAGGACAAUGACCCAACACGCCUCCAGGCUGUGUAAGGGCUAUUUUACCAAGAAGGAGAGUGAUGGAGUGCUGCAUUAGAUGACCUGGCCUCCACAAUCCCCCGACCUCAACCCAAUUGAGAUGGUUUGGGAUGAGUCAGACGGCAGAGUGAAGGAAAAGCAGCCAACAAGUGCUCAGCAUAUGUGGGAACUCCUUCAAGACUGUUGGAAAAGCAUUCCAGGUGAAGCUGGUUGAGAGAAUGCAAAGGGUGGCUAUUUGAAGAAUCUCAAAUAUAAAAUAUAUUUUGAUUUGUUUAAAACUUUUUUGGUUACUACAUGAUUCCAUGUGUUAUUUCAUAGUUUUGAUGUCUUCACUAUUAUUCUACAAUGUAGAAAAUAGUAAAAAUAAAGAAAAACCCUUGAAUGAGUAGGUGUGUCCAAACUUUUGACUGGUACUGUGUAUAUAUUUUGUAUUAUUAUACUUUUUUUAACAGGUAGGGCUCAAAACAGGUGGGGCUCUGAAUGACGGGUCGCCACUGGUGUUGUCUCAAUUGAUGGCAGGCACAACACAAAAACCUCAGAUGAAAAAAAAACUCAGAUGAAAUGGGGUCUAAGCUACAACAUAUUCUAAUCUGAAACAAAUCGGAAUUUACACAUUUUUAGAUAAUUUACGUUAAAGGUUUAAAAAUGAAAAAAAUUAUUUAAAAAAAGUAAAUGCAUUAGAUUGACGACAACACUGUAAGCUUAAAUUACAGUGCAUUUGGAAUUAUUCAGACCCCUUGACUUUUUCCAAAAAAAAUUACGUUACAGCCUUAUUCUAAAAUUGAUUAAAUUGUGUUUUUUCCCCUCAUCAAUCUACACACAAUACCCCAUAAUGACAAAGCGGAAACAGGUUUUUAGAAACUUUUGCAAAUGUAUUAAAAAUAAAAAACGUAAAUAUCAAAUGUACAUAAGUAUUCAGACCCUUUACUGUUGAAGCACCUUUGGCAGUGAUUACAGCAUCGAGUCUUCUUGGUUAUGACGCUACAAGCUUGGCACACCUAUAUUUGGGGAGUUUCUCCCAUUCUUCUCUGCAAAUCCUCUCAAGCUGUCAGGUUGGAUGGGGAGCGUUGCUGCACAGCUAUUUUCAGGCCUCUCCAGAGAUGUUCGAUCGGGUUCAAGUCUGGGCUCUGGCUGGGCCACAAAAGGACAUUCAGAGACUUGUCCCGAAGCCACUCCUGCGUUGUCUUGUCUGUGUGCUUAGGGUUGUUGUCCUGUUGGAAGGUGAACCUUUGCCCCAGUCUGAGGUCCUGAGCGCUCUGGAGAAGGUUUUCAUCAAGGAUCUCUCUGUACUUUGCUCUGUUCAUCUUUGCCUCGAUCCUGACUAGUCUCCCAGUCCCUGCUGCUGUUAAAAACAUCCCCACAGCAUGAUGCUGCCAUCACCAUGCUUCACCGUAGGGAUGGUGCCAGGUUUACUCUAGACGUGACACUUGGCAUUCAGGCCGAAGUGUUCAAUCUUGGUUUCAUCAGACCAGCGAAUCGUGUUUGUCAUGGUAUGAGAGUCUUUAGGUGCCUUUUGGUAAACACCAAGCGGGCUGUCAUGUGCCUUUUACUGAGGAGUGGCUUCCAUCUGGCCACUCUACCAUAAAGGCCUGAUUGGUGGAGUGCUGCAGAGAUGGUUGUCCUUCUGGAAGGUUCUCCCAUCUCCAUAGAGGAACUCUAGAGCUCUGUCAGAGUUGCCAUCGGGUUCUUGGUCACCUCCCUGACCAAGGCCCUUCUCCCGAUUGCUCAGUUUGGCCGGGCGGCCAGCACUAGGAAGAGUCUUGGUGAUUACAAACUUCUUCCAUUUAGGAAUGAUGGAGGCCACUGUGUUCUUGGGGACCUUCAAUGCUGCAGAAAUGUUUUGGUACCCUUCCCCAGAUUUGUGCCUCGACACAAUCCUGUCUCGGAGCUCUACGGACAAGUCCUUCGACCUCAUGGCUUGGUUUUUGCUCUGACAUGCACUGUCAACUGUGGGACCUUUUAUAUAGACAGGUGUGUGCCUUUCCAAAUCAUGUCCAAUCAAUUGAAUUUACCACAGGUGGACUCCAAUCAAGUUGUAGAAACAUCUCAAGGAUGAUCAAUGGAAACCGGAUGCACCUGAGCUCAAUUUCGAGUCUCAUAGCAAAGGGUCUGAAUACUUAUGUAAAUAAGGUAUUUCUGUUUUUUAUUUGUAAUAAAUUUAGAAAACUGUUUUCACUUUGUCAUUAUGGGGUAUUGUGUGUAGAUUGCUAUAAUCUUUAUUUUUUAUUUUUUAAUCAGUUUUAGAAUAAGGCUGUAACUUAACAAAAAUUUGGAAAAAGUCAAGGGGUCUGAAUACUUUCCGAAGGCACUGUAUAUCAAACUCAACCCUUUAUCUUUUCCAGUGAUGAAGACAUGGAUGUCUCGUGGUAUGGUGGGGAAUGCAAAAUCUGUCAACUUUGAGCAACUUCUAUCUCCUGAAUGUUUUGGCAUUCAGGUCCAAAAAGUAUUUUUCUGACCACUUCUUCCAUGGGCAAAUAUGUAUGGGAAGUUUUGUUUAAAUCAAAAGGGAUGUUGUCAAAAAGUGGAUUUACUCAGAAGCAAGAACUGCAGUGUGAUGCAUACUGUAUGGAUAUCCUCAAGUGUGAAAUAUUAGCUAAAAAUAAUGGUUGCAUCUGAGACAUGAAAUAUACUGUAUAAACACAUUUUACUGAGUUAGUUCAUAUAAGGAAAUCAGUCAAUUGAAAUAAAUUCCUUAGGCCCUAAUCUAUGGGUUUCACAUGACUGGGAAUACAGAUACAGUGGGGGAAAAAAGUAUUUAGUCAGCCACCAAUUGUGCAAGUUCUUCCACUUAAAAAGAUGAGAGAGGCCUGUAAUUUUCAUCAUAGGCACACGACAACUAUGACAGACAAAUUUAGAUUUUUUUUCUCCAGAAAAUCACAUUGUAGGAUUUUUAAUGAAUUUAUUUGCAAAUUAUGGUGGAAAAUAAGUAUUUGGUCACCUACAAAAAAGCAAGAUUUCUGGCUCUCACAGACCUGUAACUUCUUCUUUAAGAGGCUCCUCUGUCCUCCACUCGUUACCUGUAUUAAUGGCACCUGUUUGAACUUGUUAUCAGUAUAAAAGACACCUGUCCACAACCUCAAACAGUCACACUCCAAACUCCACUAUGGCCAAGACCAAAGAGCUGUCAAAGGACACCAGAAACAAAAUUGUAGACCUGCACCAGGCUGGGAAGACUGAAUCUGCAAUAGGUAAGCAGCUUGGUUUGAAGAAAUCAACUGUGGGAGCAAUUAUUAGGAAAUGGAAGACAUACAAGACCACUGAUAAUCUCCCUCGAUCUGGGGCUCCACGCAAGAUCUCACCCCGUGGGGUCGAAAUGAUCACAAGAACGGUGAGCAAAAAUCCCAGAACCACACGGGGGGACCUAGUGAAUGACCUGCAGAGAGAGCUGGGACCAAAGUAAUAAAGCCUACCAUCAGUAACACACUACGCCGCCAGGGACUCAAAUCCUGCAGUGCCAGACGUGGUUGGCAAUGACACAGGUCAAACGUUUUCUGUAAGUCUUCACAAGGUUUUCACACACUGUUGCUGGUAUUAGACCUUAUCCAGAGCGACUUACAGUUAGUGAGUGCAUACAUUUUCAUACUUUUUUCAUUCUUUUGGCUCAUGAAACAUGGGACCAACACUUUACAUGUUGCGUUUCAAAAAAAAAUUCAGUAUUGAAACAGCCAAACCCCUAUUUGAACCUUUUGAAUUCUUUGUCCUUCAGGUUGGACUUUCUAAAAAAACUUGAAAUACUAAGCUUGAAAUACAAAGCUUGAAAUAUGAUUUGGCUUGUUAUUCUACCUCUAACCCUACAGCUUUCACCAAAGUGCGCCUUGUUAUCUGUCCCAUGAUGAAUGUUGAUGUAUGUACAGUACAGUAGAUGUUCAUAGAGACCAAGGUGUUUGUUCAGACUGUGUGUAUUUGUGUUACCUUAGAGUGGGGAACAUGCUGUUCUCAGUGGAGACCCAGACCACAGAGGAGCGCACGCAGCAGUACCAGUCUGAGAUUGAGUCGAUCUACAAAGACCUGACUGCCAAAGGCAAGGCUCUCAUGCUGUCCACUGAACUUGGGGUAUGCUCUCUCUUCCUCUUUCUCUCUCUUCUUCUUCUUCUUCUUCCCUAUUCCCUCUCUUUUCUUUUCUCUGACUGUCAGUGUUGGCUUCCAGUUGUGCGAUUCACUGCCACCUCAACAAUCUGAUCCAUACUGUUGCUUUCCUAUCUGAUGUAACACACGUUUUUCUAUUGUUGUGUUGAUAGAUUUACUCUCUACCACUGAAAAUGUGGAGCAGUCCGUUUUGUAUGAGGCUACCUAACCUGUUAAAGGGAAAUUCCACUCAAUUAGUCCACUGUUGAUAAUGUCCCAAAAUGUUUUGCAUGUCAGCAGUCAAGUUUUCAAGUUAUUGGACUUUCAAGAAGCCAAGUGUCACUGGCCACAUCCUUGUGUAAUGAUAUGACCUCUGUAAGUGGACCCUGUAGUAUGAAUUGCAUUGUUUUUGUUUCUAUCUUUUAGGAUGCAGAUGCAGUGUGUAAUUUAAUCCUCUCCCUGGUUUACUACUUCUGUAACCUUAUGCCCCUCUCCAGAGGGUCCAGGUAAGGUUUUGUCCAAGUCAUAUAACCAUCAAUACAUGAUGUUAAGGCACAUGUUUCAGUUGGUCUUCUCUGAAUGGUGAUUUCAUUUUGUGAAACAGUUUUUUUAGUUAUGAAAUCAGUCCCAUUUCCCAUACUUUUUCGUCUCUAUUUCUCUUUUUUCAGUGUUGUGGCAUACUCCGUUGUCAUGGGUGCACUGAUGGCCAGUGGAAAGGAGGUGAUAGGCAGAAUCCCCAAAGGGAAGGUAAUCGUGACGUUUUGCUCUACUUUACACUACUUUAUUUUAAUACAUUACAUUUCCCAGUGGUGGUAUCAAUGUGGUAACAAUGUGCCUGGUUUUUAAGCUUUUUUCUUGUUUAUGAUGAUUUUUUUAGUUGGUUGAUUUUGAAGCCAUGACAACACCCAGUCCUGACAGCUUUAGUAAAACAGCUAAAAACUGGAUGAAUUUAAAGAGGUGAGUAGCUCGACAUGCCCACUGUUAUCACCUUUAAACGCAUCAUAAGUUGGCCAAUUAUUGUAUUGAUAACCUUUUUUUACCUCAUAGUCUACCAGUGUGGUACCAUAGUCUUCCAUCGGUAGCAGAAACGUUCCCGACGACUAGAACCAUGAUAGAGGUCCUCAACACGGACUCGACAUCGCACUGUCCAAAGAAGUCCUAACACCACUUCUCCUGAUGAGAACAAGGGCCACUCGCCCUGUCCACUCUUUCUGCUCAUAGUCUCUCUGGCCAAGCUCAACCCCCAAAGCACAACAUCUGUCUAAACAUGAUUAAUGGCAACUACAUGUUGUUCAGAUAUGUAUGCAAUACCAGCAAAACCCUAGUAGGGUCUAGUAUGUAAAAGCUAAGAAGCAACAUUUAUUUGAAUGGGAGGUAAUCUCUCGAUCGUGAUUGGCACUAAAAUUCUAACUAUUUUCUUUUUAAAAACCCUCAGUCUAUAAGCAAAGAAAGUGGGGGAGGAGAUUAUAAGAUGUAAACUUUCCUUCAGGGCUAUUCUAUUCCACUUGGGAUACUUGAACAUUUAGAAAAGUCAAGCAAUCUUUUUAUUUAGUCUUGUCGAUGGUGCGAUUGUGGAGAGUGUCACUCUGUGGCAUUUCCUUUUUCAGUAAUUGUUUUUAACUUGACCAAUAAAGGGCAUGAGGCAGGGCUGGUUUUAGGUUGGGUCAAACUUGUUUUGGGGAAAGCACACAACAAUGGUCCUCUGGUCUUAUUUUGAGACAUCUGUUUCUGUCUUGUUGCUGUUCUCUCUUUCUUUUUUCCGUAAAAUGUUUUUAAAUCAUUUGACAAUGGUCUUAUCGACACACAACAUUUGAACACAUGUUCAGGGAUACAUUAAGGGGAGUAUGUUCAACUGCUCUGAAGAACCUCUUCAUGUGAGGACAAGCUUUGGUGUUCAGUUUGUAUGUUUCCCACUUACCCUUAACUGUGAAUGACAGAAUAAAAUAUGCAUUGCCUGCCGGAGUCCUUAUUGAAUGAGCUCCAGAGGAUCAAAUAAAAUAACCAACAACAAUGUUAAGUUCUCUGCUUAACGUUAUUUAAUUUUUUGGCAGAACUACUGUUUUAUCAUAAUGUUUCCAUAUCAAUGUUUGUGCUGAAUGGCUGGGAGAUUUGUUUUAAUAUUUUUUUGCACUGGGUGAAUUGGCUAUGUUUAUUAAACCGCUAAGGUGGAUUUUUAAGCUAAGCAUAUGUCCCAUCUUGAAGUUUAAACUUGAAGGAAAGAAAUCUGUGGAGAUUUUAGGGAAUUGGGAUGUUCAAUGGUCAAUAAAAUUGGUUGACAAA